ACACGUGGAGACAUCGAUCAAAAAUAAUUAUUUUUAUCAAACUUUCAAAAACGGAUGGAAAGUUUGAUGGAAAAAUGUGUUAGUUUAAUUUGUUAAUUUUUGUUGUAAUCUCAUUAGUUUUUAAUAAAAACCGUGUAGGUUUCCAUCUUAAAGAAUGGGUAAACCGAAGGGAAUCCGUACCGCGCGUAAGCAUGUAAAUCAUCGAAGAGAACAACGUUGGGCCGAUAAGGAUUAUAAAAAAGCUCAUUUAGGAACUAGAUGGAAGGCCAAUCCUUUCGGUGGUGCAUCACACGCUAAAGGAAUUGUAUUAGAAAAAGUAGGAGUAGAAGCUAAACAACCUAAUUCUGCCAUCCGUAAAUGUGUAAGAGUUCAAUUAAUAAAGAACGGAAAAAAAAUUACCGCUUUUGUACCUCGUGAUGGUUGUUUAAAUUAUAUUGAAGAAAACGAUGAAGUAUUAGUUGCCGGAUUCGGUCGUAAAGGUCACGCUGUUGGUGAUAUUCCCGGUGUCCGUUUUAAAGUUGUUAAAGUAGCAAAUGUUUCACUUCUUGCAUUAUACAAAGAAAAGAAAGAACGACCACGAUCAUAAACAAUGUAACGUUUCCAUUUUUAAUAAAUGUUUUCUAAAAUA